AUGGAACUCCGAUGACAUCUGAGGCUACAGAAAUUAUGGAGAAACUAAAAGAUAAAAAGGCAGAGUAUGAAGCGACUGCUUUGACUGAUAGUUCUGUUAAUUUUGAGGAUAUUGAUAACAGAAUUAUUAAUGAAGUUUUGGGUCCUGAAAGGUAUGGUCGGGUUAGAUUUCAAGGAUCUGGUGUUAACUCGACCCAAUAUUUUGGAUCCACCUCGCACCAAUACAUGCCUUCCGGGAGUCAAAGUCAAGCUAAAGUUCAGAGGCUAAAAGAUCAGAUAGUUCAGAUACAAGCUAGCAUAGAUGAGCAAAUUUCUCAACUUAGAGCGGAGGCAAGGCAGGAGGCGGAGGCGAAGAGGAGGCGAGAGAGAAUAGAAAAUACAAUGAACUCCAGCUACAGCUUCAGUCUAUGA